AUGUGCAAUCUACUUAUGAUUGUUAAUCAAAGAGCUUUUUUAGCAUAUUACCUAUAUACAAGUAUAAUAAUUUUAUUACUACAUACCUUUAUGCUUUCGCAAUUGAUGGACUUAAUAUUAACCGUUGAUAAUACCGAUAAUUUUUCGGAUAAUUUUUUUGUAUUACUUGCCAUGUUUAUUUCUUGCUGUAAAUUGUUAAUUUUGCUAACGAAUCGCAAAAACAUUAUUAUGUUAAUCGACAUGCUGAUGGAGAAACCAUAUAGACCAUCCAAAUCAACUGAAAUGGAGAUUUUAUAUAAAUUUGAUAAAGACAUAGAAAUUAAUACUCGGCGCUUUGUAUACCUGGGAGCUGUAACAAUGUCAUGUAUUAUCUUAUCUUCUUUAUCUAUGAAUUUUAAAAAUAGAAAAUUAACGUAUAGGGCAUGGUUACCAUUUGAUUACUCAUCAAUGAUACUGUUUUAUUUGAUGUAUAUACAUCAACUGAUAAGUUUGGCUAUCGCAGCAUUCAUAAAUGUUGGUUGUGACACUCUCAUUUGUGGAUUACUGGUUCAUAUUUGUUGUCAAAUUGAAAUCUUGACUUGUCGCUUGAAAAAAAUUAUAUCUUAUUCUAAUGUUCUUCGCGAUUGUGUAUAUCAACAUUAUCAUAUCAUCAGACUUGCGUAUAUUGUAAAUAUGAAAUUUAGACUGAUAAUUAUUAUCCAAUUUAUAACAAGUACAUUGAUAAUAUGCUUUAGUCUUUAUCAAAUAAGCAAAACAACUACAAAAGCCAAAUACAUUGAAAUGACAUUAUAUAUAUCUAGCAUGUUAACACAAAUCUUCUUCUAUUGUUGGUACGGAAAUGAAGUAAAAAUAAAGAGUCAUCAAAUGAUCGAUAACAUUUUCGAAAUGGAGUGGCUAACACUGAAUAAAAAUAAAAAGAAAUCUCUAAUAAUAAUAAUGAGGCGGACAAUUGUGCCUAUUCAAAUUACUUGUGCUUAUAUUAUUCCUAUGAAUCUUGAUUCCUUUAUGGGUAUACUCAAGACGUCGUAUUCCACUUACAACUUACUUGAAAAAAUACGGGUGUAA